AUGGCUACGGACUGGCUCGAAGCAUUCCCGAAAACUGUGAAACCCAUGCUUGAACAGAUCGACGACACUCUCAACGUGAAUUUGACCAAGAUAAUUGCCGAAGGACCUAAUAGCCAGCUUACCGCUACGGAGAAUGCUCAACCUGCUAUCAUGGCGACUUCGAUCAUCAUCCUACGAGUACUGGAGCGAGAGUUCGGUUUCAAACUGGCGGAUCGGGUUGAUGUUACGCUAGGUCAUUCACUGGGAGAGUUUGCGGCUCUGGUUGCUGGCGGGUAUUUACGGGAAAAAGACGCGUUGAGAUUGGUGAGGAAAAGAGCAGAGGUGAUGGCACGGUGUGGGAAGGAAGCGAAUGAGGAGGUGGGAAUGGUGGCUUUGGUGUGCGAAGCCGAUCAUUUGGCGUCGAUGAUUGAAGCCAUUUAUAGCUUUCUUGGUCACACGUCAGAAGGCGCUAAGACGGAUAGCCAUUCGGAUACUGAUCUGCCUCCGGUGCAGCAGGUCUUGAUUGCGAAUGUCAACUCGAAGAAUCAGAUUGUUUUGUCUGGAGGCAUUAAGCGUAUCAACGAGCUUCUCACGCACCUGCGGCAAUUCGCUGGACAUGAUCCGCGCGCUGUACGGCUGAAGGCUGAUAGCCCGUUUCACAGUCCUCUGAUGAAGCCUGCUGCCGAGCUCAUGAAGAAAAUGCUGCAUCAGACAUCGCCUACGGAGAAGGGUCAGGAUAUUGUGAUAUGGCCGGGCAUCAUGCCCUGCGUCAGCAACGUCUCUGCACGACCUUUUCAAAGCAAACAGCAGCUGAUGGAUCUGCUGGGGCAACAAUGCGUCGAGACGGUUCUAUGGCAUGACAGUAUUGUGUAUUUGCACAAGGAAGAGAAGGUGAAGCGGUGGAUUGGUAUUGGACCUGGGAAGGUGGGAAGGAAUCUGGUCGGCAAGGAAGUCGGCAUGAAAGGUCUGAGUAAAGGUGGUGGUGUUUGGGGUAUAACGGAUCCUCGCGAAGUGGAGAGUGUUUUGAGAGACUUGGAUAAGAGCGAGACAAUGCAGGAGGAGUAGAGGCAGCAUGCAAAUAGAUUCUGAUGGUCAUGAGGUCGACAAAUCCAGCGGCAUAUCUAUGCGGAAGCGGUGCGCGACGCGAGGCAUGUGUGUGUGAUGGCGCUGCAGCGGCGCGUGUGGGAUAACAUAUGCGGCUGCCGCGGCGCGCAUUCACUUCUUAGAUAUUCUUAUGAAUCCUCAAAACCAG